UUAGUGCGUGGCCUUUAGACGAUCAUCAUGGCUUUUCUGCCGCUUUCGCUGAUGCUGCUGCUUCUGCUGGUCUGUGCCAGCGUCUCCUCCUCACCGAUGCUGUACAAACUGAAUCCCGAAGAGAAAUACGAGGCAGACCUUGUGCCAGUCUCCUCCACUGUGAUCCCGCUGACCGUGUUGGAGGUGAGCUACGGAGCAGGUGGCAAGCCAAGCGAGGAGUACAAGGCGGCCUACCUCCGCAAGUUGCGCAAACAGGUGCUCCAGCGGGCGGACAAGGGCAAGCAGAACCAGAACGACGAGGACGACGAGGCGGCGACCACUUUGCUGGCCCUGUCCGACUUGCCAACCCCCGCAGAUGCUCUGAUCACAGUGAAGUCGCAGCAGCUGGAGAAGGCCAAAGUCAAGGCCGUCUGAGGGCGGACUGGGACCCAAGUGGAGUAACAUGGUGCUGGUUUUUGAGCUGAUGUCAUGGCGUGCUUGGCAUAAACAACAAAUACAACAAAAACUAACCGAAUCGCA